AAAGCCAACAGCUAGGAACUCAGUCUGUUUCCCUCUUGUGUGGCAGCUACUCAAGUACCUGAGCCUUUACCUGCUGUCUCCCUUGGUGUGAUGUUGUAAAAGCAUCUAAAGGCCUCUUUCAGAAUGUUGCAUUGUGUCUGUUGUGAAUGUUUCUGUGGCAUACAAGUUUUCAAUGAGGACUUCCCCCAAGAACCUGUUGUUAACUUGAAAAAUCUGGUCUCAAUUGGUGUAGAGAAAUAUGCUAUUAUGGUUAUUUUAGAAAGUGGUCCAAGUUGGGAGAGAAACUUUUUGUGAUAUGUUUUAUUUGAAAGGUAGAGUUACAGAGAGAGGAGAGACAGUGAGUCAAAGUAUGUGAGUGAGAGAGAGAUGAGACUUAAUCUUGCGUGUGCUGGUUAAUUCCCCAAAUGACCAAACUUGUGUAGCUGGGUUGGUCUUAAGCCAGGAGGCCAGAGCUCCUUUUGGGUCUCCUUUGUGGGUACAGAGCCCCAUGGAUCUAGUCCUUCCUCCCUGCUUUCCCAAGAUCCUUAGUAAUGAGCUGGAUGAAAAGUUUAAAUAGCAGCUGGGACUGCUAUUUUUGUCUUGCUCUUGAAUCCAGAUGUUCCUUUUGGGGGUCAUUGCUACUCUUUUCUCAACAUCCCUUUGGUAGUAAUGUAGGAUCCUUGAGAAUUGGGAAGACACCAUUUUCUUGUGCAACGGAUUGCUAUUAUACAGUCAUUACUGUGAUAACUGAUUUUCUUUUUAUCCUUUCAGGGUUUGAAAGUAUUCUUGAGGGGCUCUUUGGAACUACGUUAUUAAAAGAUCUCAGUUUAUUUAAAGAGUGUGAUCCUGAAAGCAUUUCUGAUUGGACUUUCGAUGAAAAUUGUCUAUUCUGUUGCUUGAGAAGAGAUAAAGUAAAGGGACACUUAGUUGGUCUGGAUGAACCAGUUUCGGGAGCUGGUCAAGAAGCUCUGCCUAAACAAGAGCAAGCAAAAAUCAUCCGAUUCGAGAGACAAGCAGAAGAGUUCCUCAAUGCAGUCUUUUAUAGAAAAGAAAGUCCCUGGGUCUCCGACCCCAAUAUUCCCCUAGUGGCCCGUGAGAUCAUGCAGCGAAUGAUCCAACAAUUUGCUGCUGAAUAUACCUCAAAAAAUAGCUCUACUCAGGACCCCAGCCAGCCCAAUAGCACAAAGAACCAAAGCCUGCCGAAAGCAUCUCCAGUCACCACCUCUCCCACGGCUGCAACUACUCAGAACCCUGUGCUCAGCAAACUUCUCAUGGCUGACCAAGACUCACCUCUGGACCUUACUGUCAGAAAGUCUCAGUCAGAACCUAGCGAACAAGACGGUGUACUUGAUCUGUCCACUAAAAAAAGUCCUUGUGCUGGGAGCACUUCCCUGAGCCAUUCUGCUGGCUGCUCCACUACUCCAGGGAACGGUGAGAACUCAACAGAGACAAUAGCAGUAAAUUCUAACCAUCAGUCGAAGUCUCCAUUGGAGAACUUUAUGGUCAAGCUGUGCACUCAUCAUCAGAAGCAAUUAAUUCGUGUUCUGAACGACUUGUACACUGAAUCUCAGCCAGACGCCGAAGACCUGCAGCCUUCCGAGUCAGCAACAAUGGAUGCGUCCUUGUGCAGUGCUGCCUGUGCCCAGCUAAGCACCAUACAAAAAGGUGCCGUAUGUGUUGAAACAAAGUCCCUUGCUUCUAUAGAUUCUUCUGUAGACUCAUCAGGCUCUCACAGCCCUCUGCUCUUGAAUGAACAGCCUCUGAAGGAGCCUUCUCCUACUGGGACAAGCCCUGUAGAUGGAAGAAAGAAUACCUUGACUUUUGUCCAGACAGAUGCCUCUGAACUUGCAACCACUAAACCCAGCUCUGGCAGUUCAAUGGCGAGUUCCACAUCAGGAUACCUCACUGCAUGUACUUCUUCCUCAUUAAACUCCCUCCAUAUCUCCAAAAGCUUGGAGGGACAAACCACUGGACAGGAGCAAGACUCAAAUGUGAAAAUAUGCAGCGAUGGCCAAGACCAUAUGCAGAGUUCAGCUUUAGUAAAAAGUUUAAAUGCAGUAAAAGUGGCAGCUGAGCAUAGUGAGGAGAGCAAUAGCAAUGUUGUUUCUCAAAGAAAUUCAUGCAAAGCCUUAUCUGAAGAGGCUUGGGACUCAGGUUUGAUGGGGAAUUCUCCUGGAACUGCUGACAAAGAGAAUGCUUUACAGUGUAGCUCAAGAACACCUUCACACCAGGACUCAGAAGCAGAUGAACAUGAUGCAAGGCCAAAGCAAGAGAACCAUCUUCACUCACUAGGAAGAAAUAAGAUUAGUUACCAUUUACAUCCCAAUGAGAAGGGCCAGUUUGAUCAUUCCAAAGAUGGUUGGUUAAGCCCCAUGCCAGCUGGGCACAGAGCAUCUAAUGGGCAUUCUCGAGCCAAGAUGAUGUCAGCCUCCAUCAAGACAGCUCGGAAAAGUAAAAGGGCAUCAGGGUUGAGAAUCAAUGAUUAUGAUAAUCAGUGUGAUGUUGUAUAUAUCAGUCAGCCAAUAACAGAAUGCCACUUUGAGAAUCAGAGGUCAGUACUGUCUUCCCGGAAGACAGCCAGGAAGAGUACUCGAGGAUAUUUUUUCAAUGGUGACUGUUGUGAGCUGCCAACUGUUCGCACACUGGCCAGAAAUGUACACUCCCAGGAAAAAGCAAGCUGCUCACGGCUGGCAUCUGAGGCGGUGGUUACUCCUGCACAGAUCCUUACAACUUCACCCCUGAGACACACAGUAGACAUCCAGCUUCCCAGAGAAGAGAGCCCUGAAGAAGCUUGUCAGGGGAUAACCUCCCAGCUGGAGGAAGGAGGCCAGGCUGCUUCGUCUGAAAAGGAGUCUCAAGAGCCAGAGGUUGGCUUGAUAAACAAAGCAGAUCCAAGCUGCUCCCUUGAGUCACAAGAAAUCCCAGCUGCCAGCCUGUUGUGUCCUCUCCCUGCUCACCCUGCUGAAGAGGACAGACCAGAAAGCAGCCCCAUGGCCGCAGCUCCCACAGCAAGUACAGUGUCUUCCCCUAAAGGACACCAGCAGCCAGACCCAAUGCUGGAUGUAGAGGAGAUGAGUGCCUCGCAAGACUGCCCCCUGGUUCCCUGUACUGACAUCACUGGUGUUGGUAGGGAAGCUAUUUCUAGGCCUCCAUCCCCUGAAGUGGUCAGUGGAGAAGAAAGUCUCCUCAUCUCAGAAAAUCAAAGUGUGCCAGUAGUCUUGGAGCCUACCACAAGUCUGGGGAAGGCCAAGGAUGACCAAAGCAUCAGUCUUGAGGCCACAAUGGAAGACACUCAGGCAUUGGAUGCCACCCUGUGCCUGAAGGAAGGCAGCAUUUCUGCUAGUGAAGACCUCAGCAGUGAGAUUGAGGACUGUGAGACAGCAGGUGGUAAAGAACCAGUAAAGGCAGAGGACAGUGAUACAAAAUCCUCUUCAGAAAAAGAUACAGGCGAUGUAACCGUUGAUUUACCUGAAGAGAAUUUGGGCAAGAAGAAAAAAAGUAAAAAAUUCCCCAAGGCCUCCGACAGAUGCUUAAGGAGCCAGCUUUCUGAUUCUCCCUCUGCUGAAAGACUCCUCAGAAAUCAGAGUUUAGAUUCCUCUCGUUGUCCUGAGGUCAAGGCUUCUAAAAUUCCUAGUGCAAAACAUGCUAAAAAGGAAGGUCAUGCAGGCAGGACAACACCUGAGGGUGCUCCUGCUGACCAUUCUCAUUCAGCAGCUGGGGAGGACAUUGAAAAUUCACUUGCCAGUGAAUGUCCCACUGAGAGAGGUGCUGAGCAGCAGGAGGGCAAAGGCAGUGGGGUCAUCACCAGACAGACCUUUAAAAACAUGCUGGCAAAAGAUACCAACGGGAAAGAAGGAGAGGUUAUAUCCAGCAGUGAUCCCAUAGCCACCACAAGACAGCCACUGCCUGGAGAGAGACUGGAAAUCUACGUUGAAUCUAAGACUGGGGAAAGGAAUGCUCAUGUUCCCUCUUCAAAUAUUCCUUCUGAGAGGGGCCUGGAAGAGUCAGAGAAGCUAGAACCCACUUGCGCCCAGGAUAUGGAGGAGACUAUGAAUGAGGCAGGCAGUGAAAACGCCCCAAUUAAAGGUGAUAGCAGUGAUGCCCUUUCCAGCGCACCUGGUUCAUCCAGUAGUUUAGAUGGUGAUGCUGCUGAGCCGCCGAAAUUGGUAGCAAGGCCUAAAAGACAGACCUGUUCAACCUACAACCUGAGACACACCCAUUCUCUGAACUCUUGGGAUACUAUGAAAAUGAGUUCAGAACAAGAAGCUGCACGAAUAAACCCAAUGCCAAAGGAGAAUGAAGCCACCGAGAAUGGAGAUGCCUCGGAUGAAGACGACACGGAGACAGUGGUGGAUGACCAGCCCAAGUUUAUGGAGUGGUGUGCUGAGGAGGAAAACCAGGAGCUUAUCGCCAACUUCAAUGCCCAGUACAUGAAAGUUCAGAAGGGCUGGAUCCAGUUGGAGAAAGAAGUCCAGGCAACACCAAGAGCAAGGAACAGGUCAGACAAACUAAAGGAGAUUUGGAAGAGCAAGAAAAGAUCACGGAAAUGUAAGGGUUCAUUAGAGGUUCAGAAGCUUUCUCCCGUUCAGACACUGUUUAUGACAAACUUUAAAUUAUCUAACAUUUGUAAAUGGUUCUUAGAGACAACGGAAACGCGCUCACUGGUCAUCGUGAAGAAGCUCAAUACUCGACUUCCAGGAGAUGUACCGCCCGUCAAGCAUCCCCUUCAGAAAUAUCCUCCUUCCAGCCAGUAUCCCAGCUCCCUGCAAGCUGAACGCUUGAAAAAACACUUAAAGAAAUUUCCUGGAGCUACUCCUGCUCGGAACAAUUGGAAAACACAGAAGCUCUGGGCCAAACUUCGAGAGAAUCCUGACCAAGUGGAUCCAGAGGACAGCAGUGAUGCCAGCCUCAACCCUCAUUCUGAAGAUGGCCCAGAAGACGUCAAGGAAGAAAGGAACAGCCAUCCUCCAGCAAACCCGCCUACUCCUGUUAGUGCCCGGAUCCUUCGAAAAUAUUCCAAUAUUCGAGGAAAACUGAGAGCCCAGCAACGGUUGGUCAGAAAUGAGAAAAUUGAAAGCCCAUUUGGUCCAGCUGUGGAAAGCAAGCAGAGUCGCAAGAGUGUUUGCAUUAACCCGCUGAUGUCCCCCAAGCUUGCCCUGCAAGUGGAUGCAGAUGGGUUUCCCAUGAAGCCCAAGAACACCGAAGGAAUGAAGGGAAGGAAAGGGAAGCAGGGGUCUGAAAUCUUGCUUAAAGCAGAAGCUCGGAAUAAACGUAAGCGAACAGAAGGCAGCAGCACUCAGGGCAGCAGAGACAGAGGACCUGGAAUGAGAGCCAUCAGAGAGAAGCAUGUUGAUGGAGCCACCAAAACCCCUCCAACCAGGAAGCCAGCUGCAAGGGACAGAGCCAGCCAAGUGCCCAGAAAGGUGUCUUUGAAAGAGAAUAAAGUGAAGAAUUCUAAAGUAUCCCCUGGAAAGAGCUGCCCCUCCUCCAGGAAAGAAAAAGAGAAUACCAGCAAGAGACCUCCCCUGCCCGCUGCCUCGGAAGCACUGAGCAAACUUGCAAAGCAACGGGGAACAGGUGAGUCCUCCUCCAGGCCCCAGAAAGCCGCAAACAGAAAGCAGAGCAGUGGAAAGACCCGAGCCAGAGCCUCAACAAAAAACUCAGAGACCAGAGCAGCCCAGAGAAAGAGAAAGCUGAAGGCAAAGCUUGACUCUACACACAGCAAACGGAGGCGGCUGGAUGCAAAAUGACCAGAGAGCAGCAGCUAAGAGUAAACUAGUUCUGAAGAAGUAACCUUUUAUUUUGCAUUAACUGAAUCUGCUUUUAUAAGCUUAUCAAGCCUUUCAAGUUACAGUCAACGGAGAACACUCCCCCCCUUUGAGAUGUCAGAAAAUAUGUCUCAGGUGGAGAAGGGGAACUUGCAGAGUCCUUCUCCGAGACUGAGUAAGGGAAGUUAUAUAUUAUAUUGUGAUCGUUCCUUGGGUUUUAAACUUGGAACCAAGCAGUUUUUGUUUUAAAAAGUACAGUGCCUUAUUUAUCCUUUUUGUUUUUAGAUUUACAAAAGCUAAAAAGCUGAUCUAUGUGAUCAAAGGCUUGUAUUUUAUACUUGAUGCACACGCACUUGUACUGUAGCCGAGAAGACCACCAUCAUGCACAUGAAAGGAGCUUUCCAACAGCCGCCCUGCAGCUCUGUCCCCGAACAGGUGUCCCACCCCGCAGACCCUGGCAGUGAACUUCCCCCUCCGUCCUGCUUGUUCCGAUGAUAUUUGAAAGCUAAACCAAAUCAUUAUUAUGUUAUAUGGAAAAUGCAAAGAACUUAGAAUUAUUUUAAAAGGUUAAUGUUUCUCCCUUUGAGGGGAAGAAGAUACUACUCAUUGUUGGUCACUCCUUUCACCUUUAAUCAUGGACUCUUAAAUAAUGUGCUCAUGGGACAAAAACACUGUCAUAGGUGUAGUUUCAGUUUAUGAUCUUUAGAAAUUAGUCACCACCCCAGAAUAUGUCACCAUCACUUACCAUCCUCUUCAUUUUUGGCUUUUCAAACUGACUAGCACUCUAACAAAGUUGUCGUUGUACUUUUGGGGGAAAAAAAAUCUGUUGGCUGUAAUUUGAUGUUUAUAUUGAGAAUGACCAUAUUGUUUUCUUCCCUACCAGAGUGCUUCCAUAUUCAGAGAAAUCCAAGAUGUACUUCCAGUGAUACAAGAGUGGAAGGGUGUUUGUGCACCCAGGCUUUGGGGUUUAUUUGCUUGUGGUUAUCAACCACGCUUGUCUCCUAAUCCCAGUUUUACAGUGCAGUUCUUUUUCCCCCAUGCAGUACACCAGGCUAAAUAAUGAGCACAAGCCAGGUAUUCUAAAAAUGAUGUCAUGUUUCCAUGGGCAUUGCCAGGACCAUUGGACACCAGGCUGAGAAAGAGCUAAACACGCUGAGUCAGGGAAAGGUGGAGGAAGCAGCUACAGCAUAUUGUAGUGCACUCACACUUUUACCACUCCCAGAUUCGACCCUUCAGCCAGUGCAUUCUGGUAACAAUGCACUUGUAGGGAGUAGGUGGCCGUUUUGCCUGAUCAGUGCUGUGUAAGUAGUUAAAUGCUACAGUGUCACUCCUGUCCACAGCAGUUCAGUCUCUGCUCUGGCUCAGAAGUGAGAACUGCAGUCCUUGUAAUCGGCUUCAUUUGCUUUUGCUUAUUGAAGCCUAAGACAGGUGUGUUGGCUUUAACUCAGUGCCUAUGACACUGCUCCAUUGAAAAAGCAGUGUGUGUUUGACAUUUCCAUUGGGCCAUCCUGCGAAAGAGGUUUGGUAGUCAGAGCCUCAACUAGCUUCUUUCACAUGUUCUGUCACCAAAAUAGGCUUGUGUAGACAGCUGCUGCCCUCUUUUUUAAGAAAAAUUUCCAUUUAGAUUGUUUCAGAUCUCUUUAGAUAAACUCAGAUGGACUUUUUUUUCAUGCAAAUCGUGAUAAAACAGGCCUCUUCAUCCUGAUAGAGGUUUAUUGUAUAACAUGGAAACAUCUGAUGAUUGGGUAAAACUGAAGAACUGCAUUUCAUUGUGAGAAAUUGAGAGUUAUGUUGAAUUUCAUAGAUAGUGAAGCUUACAAUUUUAGGUGAAGCCCUCAUUUUAAAAAAAAAAAUCUCCUCUAUCCCAUGAGUCUUUUUUUUUUCUUUUUUGAUGUAUUUGAUUUGGGCCAUUCAAGAGCUACCUAUAUUAAUGAAACUGCUGAGUGUAUAUGUUGGCAACCCUCUCUCAGCAUUAAGUUGCACAGAAGCAUUAAUACGUUUUAUAAGUAUGUUCAUUUAUAUUUUAAAAAUGCUUGUAAAGGUUUAAAAAGUAUGUUUUCACAUAAUUGUCACUGGAUAUUAUUUUUGUGGUGACUAACUGAUAUUUGCCACUGUUAGGUAUGUAGACUCUUACCUGUAAGAGUGCCUCUUGGUGCAUGUAGCCUACCUUGUGAGGUGCUUGUGUCAGGUUAGGAAGAAGUUAAGUGAUAAAAAGUGAGUGAAACUUUCCCAGUUUCAGGUUUAUUAUUCAUUCCUCUACUUUUCCAAGUUCUUAUUGUUUUAAAAGUUCUCUUCAAAAUAACAGCCUUCUCCCAUUCUAGAGUGAAUUUGAAAAAUUAGGUUAUAUACCUAACCUGCCAUGGAUCAUCUUUCAAAUCAACUUAGACUUUGAAUACUACAUUUGAGUAGACUUAAGAUUCAAAUAGCCAUAAUUAGGACACUUUACAGUUUAAAAUUGUUUUUAUUGAAUCUCAUCUUUGUUGAUUCAGUUAAUUUUUUUAAUAGAGAAAAAAGAUUCAGGGUCACCUCUGGAAGGCCGUUUGACCCCUCAGAUGCUGGCAAAGCUGUGUGCUAGACAUUUCCACCUGCAAGCUUGGUGUCAACGCUUGUUUCCAUCACUUGCCAAGACCUUCCUCUAGCCGCUCCAAGUAUGGCUUGCUAUCAUAUCCGAGGGUGGUCCAGCCCACAUUCUGGAUUCCAUAUGAGGAAUUCUCCUGGUUUUAUAUUUACUCAGUGGCAUGACAACCCCAAGGUUGGAUCUGAAGCUGAUGUCCAGAGGGCAUUGGUAUUCCUUCUGAGUUUCCAGAGGGGCUGGAAGAUGCCUGAGAAGCCAAAAGGGGAGCCCCUCCACAACUCCCCCAGAGCUGGGCCCUCUUCAGAAGACCCAUUCUCUGUUCCGUGGGAUGCCCCUAGUGUGGGAGGGCAGCAUGCAGAUAGCCACCUUUGUGGGGUCCAAAGCCUCAUCCCUAGCACUUCCUCGCGUCUGUAGCAGGUUCAAGUGCCACCGGAAGGCUGACAGCCCUCAUCCUUCAGCUGGGGUUUCCUCCAGAAGUCUGUCCCUGCCACUGUUAGUUGCAUAGUCCCUCAAAUUCCAUAGUAGAGACUGUAAACAGCUUCAUCCAAACGAAUGAUAGUCUGUGGGUUUCAUGCCUCACUGUUGCUUGGAACAGUAUGGCUGGAAAAGGUACGCUUCAUCCUUUCCUAUGUUGUACUUUCCAGUGGGAUCUUUCAUGCAUCACUUACAGCACAGGCAAAUUUUCUUACUGUUCAGAUAAAUCAUCAGUAGAAGGCAUCACUUCAGUAUAGUUACUUUGAAUUAAGGUUUUUGCCCUCUUUCUAUCCUGGAGCUGUCCCUGUCAUGUGUGGACGGCAAUCCAAUUGAGGAGUGAACCUAGGAAGCAAGCAGGAAAGAACUGCGUACUAUGUAAUGCGAGCUGCAGACACCUGAUGCCUUGUUAAAACACCUAGAACUGGGCUUGACUAUCCCAGAGGGCUAGCCCUGAAAGGCGCACAGCUGCUUCUGGGUUUAGAGCAGCCUGUGGAGGCUGCCUUUGGCUUUCUGAUGAUCUGUUAGGGGUUUGCAGAGUAUGGGCUGGUUGUUUUUGCAAAUAAAGUUUUAUUGGGACAUGGCUAUUCCCAUUUGCUUUUUUUGUUGUCUGUGGGACAGAGUUGAGCCAUUGUGAUGGAGAACAUAUCUACUGCCUGGAUCUUUUAAGAUUUGCUGUCACCUCUCCCCCCAUCUCCACUUGAAAAACAAUCAGUUUUCAGAAA